AUAUCAUGGAAUCAUUGUCAUCGUCCAUUUCCCUCUAACUUCUUUCUCAUUCCAAUUCACAAUUCACAGCGCGAGUGAGCGAAUUCCUCGGUGUUUCAGACAAAAGGAGGGAAACUCCGAUUCCGCCGGAACCUAACCACUGGAUUUUGUUUUCUUGUGUGGAUUUGUAAUGGAAAUUGUCUAAAUCAUAAUCUAAAUCCGCCCGAGCCUUCCGCUUUUUGGUUUUCCCGCUAUUGCUGUGUCUCUUUUUCGUUUCUUCUGGAGCUCCUUUUGUGCUUCUCUCUCUUUGUCUCUGCACCGAUCUGAUUCAUCCGAAGCGGUGAAAAGAGAUUGGAAAACGAACUCUGAUUUACAAUUACUAGAAGAAAUGGUGAGGAAUCCGAAAAGAGUUGUUGCGGAGGUCGCUGAUUCCAAUCUGGCUCCUUCAAAAGAUAUGAGCCCGCAAUCCGAUGCAACAUCAUGUAUAUCAUCUGCAGGAGAUGCCAUGGGCAGUGUCAAAGGGAGCGAAGUUGACCAAGAUUCCCUUACUACUGAUCAAGGCAUGUCUUAUUCGACAAGCGGCUAUUAUGGAUACUACUAUCCAGGUUAUGAAGGUUCCUAUGGAGAGUUGGACAACCAAGCCUAUUAUGUUGGCGGUGAUGGAACGGAACUUCAGUAUCCUGUCAUGCAAACAGAUAAUGGAUCUUUUGUCUACAUCAUGCCGGGAUUUCAGCCCAGUUACUCUCCAUACUUGCCGGUAACUACAAUUGGUGUUGAUGGACAAUACGUUGAUCAGCAGGCAUAUCCUUCAAGCCCCAUUUUUCAACCAUCCAUGGCUUCCCCUGGAUAUUAUCCCACUACUCUUCCUUAUGGGGAGUUGGCACCAUCACCCUACGCAUGGGAUCCAUCCCUCCUUGUUGGAGAUGGAUCUUUUGGAAAUAGCUAUGCUGGAGUUCCAGAAUUUCUGGGCCCUAAACCUAAUUUAUCUUCUCCAAGUCAUGGCCAUGCUCCUCAUUCUAAAUCCUUUUCUGGCUUUAGCAAUCCACUGGAUAUUAGUAACACCCUGUCACCAUUGGAUGUCGCAUCUGGUCAUGGCAUGCACAAACCGCUAAAACUAGUGAACAAGGCCGUUCCUCAUGGCUCAUCUUUCCAGUCAGAUAUGCUCGCUAAAGGUUAUUUACCCAGUUCAAAGUUCUCAGCGCACAACCAAAGGAAGGGUGGAUUGCUUUAUUCAAACAGUCCAGUUAAUUUAAAAGCAAGUGGAAGGGGUUGGGGCGGCACAGAGAAGCUGAAAUCCAGAAGCAAGGUCAAUGGUGUCAGUGAUAUUAGUUUGCUUAAUGAGCAGAACCAGGGUCCUAGAACAGCCAAUGCAAAAAGUGUGUUGAUGUCUGGAGGUAAUGCGGCUGGAUCCCUGGAAACUGAUGGGAAUGGAAAUGGUAACAGCAUAACCUCUCUAAUCAGGAUGGAUCAAUAUAACCUUCCUGACUUUUCCACCAAAUACGAUCGUGCAUUUUUCUUUGUUAUCAAAUCUUACAGUGAAGAUGAUAUUCAUAAGAGCAUCAAGUACAACGUGUGGGCCAGUACUCCUAAUGGAAAUAAGAGGUUGGACAGUGCAUAUCAAGAUGCACAAGAGACUAUGGUGGAGAAAGGCAGCAAGUGUCCUGUGUUUCUUCUCUUUUCGGUUAAUGCAAGUGGUCAGUUUUGUGGAGUAGCAGAGAUGAUUGGCCGAGUUGAUUUUAAUAAGAACAUGGAUUUCUGGCAGCAAGAUAAGUGGAAUGGUUAUUUCCCUGUCAAGUGGCAUAUUAUAAAAGAUGUUCCAAACGUGCAUUUGCGGCAUAUAAUACUUGAGAAUAAUGACAACAAGCCUGUUACCAAUAGUCGAGACACGCAGGAGGUGAGAUUUUCUCUGGGUAUUGAAAUUUUGAAUAUUUUUAAGAACCAUGCGUCCAAGACAUCCAUAUUGGAUGAUUUCGAUUUUUAUGAAAGCCGCCAGAAGGUGAUGCAAGAGAAGAGGACAAGGCAAUUUGCACCACAUUAUAAUCUGGAGCAGAAGAUAGAAGAAUUAACCACCAGUUUUAAGUCGGUAGAUCUGUCUGCUGUGAAGAGCAUUGAGCAACCUGAGGUCGGAGACAAAGUGAAGAUAUGAAGGGAACUUGGACCUGAUGGUCUUGCCCAAGAAAAAAACAAAAACAGAAACAGAAACAAAGCGGUGUCUUGGAAGCUGUUGAAAUGGGUCCGAUAGCUGCUGAUAUCGAUCAUCGAUGCCACCUGAAUGGAAAUAAGAGUCUCAGAAAAAGGGGGAGAUUUUUUUUUAGAAGAUUUUCAGUGAUCCCUUACAAGGAAAGGGCUGAUCCUUUCAAAAUUGAGAUGGUGGCUUAGCUUCCAACGAGCUGUUUGUAUACCAUAUCAGAAACUUUAAUCGCCCCAUUGAUUGACAUGGCUAUGGGGUGUCAUGAAAUCUUUUCUACUUUUUUUUUUUUUUUUUACUCUUUCCGUAUUCAGAUGCCCUCUCGCGGGCUAGAUGGCUAGUGCUAUCCACGUAUGUAGGAAUAUUGUAGAAGUGGCUUUUUUUCUUAAAAAAAAAAAAAAAAAGGAAAAAAAAAAGGGAAGGAAUAUUUAAAAGAAUGAAAGCUUGGUCUUUGGGUUCUCAUUAGGGUUUGUUGGAUUUUGGGCAAGGCAGAAUGAAGUGGGGCUUUUAUUUUUAUUUUUUAUAUUUUCAACAAA